AACGAAAACCCUACCAGAGAAAAGAAAAUAUCCAAUAUAAAUACAUCAAUAUUUACAACUAUAAGUAUCUCUCUCGUGUGGAUCCUCAUCAUCAUUUCAUGUGAAGCACAAUCUGAGAAGACACAACAUAUAAAGAUCCUCACCAACAUAUAUAUAUAUAUAUACUACACACAUAGUGAUUAGCAAAAAAAAAGAGCAAUGGGAGAUCAUCAUGAUUUCAUCAACUCUGGAAGCUGGUGGAAAGUAUCUUCUUCGUCCUCAAUAUCUUCUUCCUCUUCGAUGAGAGCAAACUCAAAUGAAUCUGGUGGUUCCACUGUUUUCCAUGAUAAGCUUCAUCAUCAAGAUCAUCAUUCAUUAGCUACUGAUCACCAUCUACAGAUGAUUGGUCUAGGGCUUUCUUCACAAUCACCUGUUGAUCAAUGGAAUCAAUCUCUCCUAAGAGGAGAUAGUAAAGCGGAGACAAGCUUCGGAGUGAUGCUUCAAGAGAAUCUCAAUUUAGAUGCGACUUCAAACGCAAACGCUAACACAACGUCAUCCACAACGUCUUAUCAGCUUCAAGAAUCUGAUUCCUCUCACCACCAAGCUUUGUGGCGAGACCCACUUAUCAAUAAUAACGACUACAAACCGCAGCUAAACAUGACGGGCAGCAACCGCGGGUUCUUUUCAGACCACCAUCAGUUCAGUCCUCAUGGGAGCUCAAGUACCGACAGUAGCACAGUAACAUGUCAAGGUUUCUCUAUUGACAACUCGACCAACACCAUGUACGGAGCAGCAACAACACCUAACUCAUCUUCAGCUAUGUUCCAUCAACAAGGCUAUAAUCUGCCUGGCUCUUCCGACCAGCAACCGUCGAGGAAUCAUCAGCAGUCAAAUCUUGGUUACUCUCAGUUCGGUUCCACCACCGGAAACUACGACCAUAUGGCGACGCCGUUACCUUCGUCUUGGUUUUUAAGAUCUUCGCCGCCUAAACCACACAGUCCUUUGAGAUUCUCUAACAACGCAACGUUUUGGAACCCUGCGGCGACGGCUGGAAACGUGGGUCCUACACAACAUGACGCGUCUUCAAACUUUUUCCCGGCGUUACAGCCGCCGCAGAUACAUCCACCGAGUUUUGACGACCAACCCAAGAGUAUAUUAUCAGAGGUUCGAGAUUCUAGUAGCAGUGAAGUAAAGAGAGGCGGAGGAGGAGAUCAACCGACGGCUAAAAGGGCUAAGAGCGAAGCAGCGUCUCCUUCACCAGCUUUCAAGGUGAGGAAAGAGAAAAUGGGGGACAGAAUCGCUGCGCUCCAACAAUUGGUUUCACCUUUCGGAAAGACUGACGCAGCCUCAGUGCUCUCUGAAGCCAUUGAAUACAUUAAGUUUUUACACCAACAAGUUUCUGCUCUGAGCAACCCAUACAUGAAAAGUGGAGCUUCUUUACAGCAUCAACAGAGUGAUCAUCCUAAAGAGCUAGACACAGAAGAGCCAGAUCUAAGAAGUCGAGGCUUAUGCUUAGUGCCAGUUUCAAGCACGUUUCCAGUGACACACGAUACUACAGUAGAUUUCUGGACUCCAACAUUUGGUGGGACUUUUAGAUAGAUUGAUAUAUUAGAUGUUGGUUAACGUAUAUUUUUAUUAACCUUUAUAUACGUUGAUUUGCUGAUAAGAAUCACUAGCAUCUUACACGAAGAGGGAAGAUCAACUAAUGGACGAGUGAAAAGUGUUUCUCCCAUUUCAUAUUUUUGAAGAUUAAUAACUAAUCAUAUAAAAUAAUGUGUAACUACAGAGAAUAUGAAAGAGCUAUUGAGAUUUGACUUGCAUUUUCUUUUCACACGAUUUAC